UAAGGAAAAAGGGAAGGAGAAAAUGCGGCGUGUAUAAGGCGUACAUAUAAAUUUGUCUUCCCCCAUAUUUUCCCUUCACUUUCUUUCCCUUUUUAUUUUUAUAUAUUUUUCAAACCAUGGCAACAGAAACAACGGUGGAUGUGAUUAGUCUAAACCUCAACUUGGGCCAGUAUAACAAGCCUAGUUUAGAACCUAUUCUUCUGAAUAAGUCUUAUGAAGCAGACAGCAGUAGUAGUACUACAAGUACAAACAGUCCUGUGAUCUCUUCUCAUCAGUUAGAACCACUGUGUCCUUGUAACGACUUUAUCGCACCUCGUUUGGACUGUACCAAGUGUGCUGUUAUUCAACAAGAAUACAACACAAUAAAAGCACAACUAGACUAUUUAAAAGAGAAAAAAGCAGUAUUGAAUACGCAACAAAAUCAACUGGAAACGCAGAUAUCAGACUUGGGAGAUAGCCUGAGAGAUAAGCUGAAAAGCAUCGAAACGACAGCAGAAAAUAUUACAUCAUUACAAUACGACCUUCAGGUACUAGAAUCCAAAUGCAAGGAAGAAACAUCACAAGUGGAAGACAUUCAGCAGUCUAAAGAGAAUGUGAAAAAAGAAUUAGAAGAAUUAAGCAUACGCUUAUUUGAAGAAGCAGACAAGAUGAUACAGGCUGAAAAGGCUGAGCAAGAAAUCCUGAAAAAGAGAAAUGGCCAAUUAGAGACUGACCUCAAGUCCGCCCAACUUGUUUUAGUAGAUGCUGAAAGUCAAUUAAAGUUAAUUAGAAAUGAAUUACCUUCACCAGAAGGUACUGAACAAGAGGCUGUUGACACCUACACUCGUGCUCAAAUAGAAAUGAGCCUGAUGCAUAGUCUUGAUCUAGGCAUUUUUAUGGACACGCUCGAGAAUGAUGGUGCUUUGAUGGAAUUUAACGAUUUUGUUCAGACGCUAUACAAGACACCACUCAGAAAACUCAAUAGUUUGAAGUAUAUGAAAUACUGUAUCCGAGAAGAUAUUGAACCCUGUUUGCGUUUCGGUCCAAAUCCUAAAUUGUCCAGCAAAAAGAUCAUUGAUGCUAUUUUGGUCAAGACAUGUUUUGUAGAAGAGUGCCCAGAGGGCUUUGUGACAGAACAAGCCAUGCGCUUAUUAAAAGAAGAAGCCACAGCUACCCUUUGGGAACGCUUUGUCACUUCUUCUGCCUUUUUAGGCUGUCAAGCCUGUGGAAGACAAGUCAAGGAAGAAGCAAGACCGAAUGUGUUAAAAUAUCGAUUUAGAAUAUCUUAUUUUGAUGAAUGGGCUUGUAUCGAUCGUUAUUGCCGUGACAGACUACUUUCUGCGAUUGAGUUUUAUUUGUUUAUUCGCCACCUCCGUGCCGGUGUAUACAAACAUCGUUCACUUCAUGAAUUAUAUGAGCAGUUGAUUCGGCUGAAACUACAAAUGUUCCUGGCCAGAAUGGGCACUUUGCCAGACAUGUUACAAAACUGUGGUAUCGAUCCGGAAAGGAUGGCCACUGCAUUCCAUGGAGAAGAAAUCAAUAACCAUCUUCUUUUACUUGCUGAAGCAUCUAUUACAUCUGAAAGACUUUCUAGUUCAACAGAAUCUUCCAUCACUAUUUCAACCGUCGAAUCAACAAGAACAUCAGCGUCUUUCUUUUAGAGUUCAUCCCCCUCUCUCAUGUACCAUUGUGAUAUCAAAACUUCCCUAACUUUAUCUUCUUCUCUUCUUACACUUAUAUUAAUUUAAUACUACUUGUUAAUUCAACUAAUACAAUACCAUUAACUUUGACUAAUAAACAAUACCACCGUGAUACUAUCAUGGAUCAUCCUUGUGCAUCAUAUAGGCUUGUGUCAAUGCAAGGAGAAGAAUAAUCUUUGCCUAUUUUAUUUUACAGGAGAGGGAAAGAUAUGACACUGUAAAGAAACUAUUAAAAAUACUGG